AUGGAGACUGGGCGUGUUACUCCGUCGCGUGUGACACGUUCACAGCAUAAGCAUCUUCAGUCAGAAAGUGAUAAUUCAAGUAGACCUGGUACACCCGUUUCAACACAGAGCUUAGAUAUAUCACCAAAAGAUACUGGUCUACGACGUACCACACGUAGAUUAUCCACUUCAACUCCUUCCAAGCUUAUGGGAAAGUUAGUUAAAGAAGGAACUCCUGAAGUAAGUACACCUUCAAAAAGAAUUACACGUAGAAAUAGUACUUCAAUUAUUGAAGUUGACGUGCAGAAAUCAGUGAAGACACCUAAAUUUCCUACGCUUGCAGAGGAAGAUGUGAAUUCUGAAAAACCAAAAUAUGGAGAGAAGACACGUAGAAAAUCUAUUUCACCAAAGCUUCGAUCACAGAGUGACAAAAUUAGUGCAACUACCAGUAGAUUUACGCGUAGUGUAAAUAGUAACGAUGUUGAGGACUCGGAAGUGGAAAUUAUAAACAUUAACACCGAUGAGGAUAGCCAAUCCAGUGUAAUUGACGUGAAAAUAGAUAAAAAUGCUAAAAAGACUAUUAAAGGUAAGAAGCAAAAAACUUCUGAUGAAGAGAAAAAAGAUAUAAAAAAUAGUGAGGUUGUUAAGAACAACGUAAAAGAUACUGUUAAAUCCACAGAAGAAGAAGAAGAAGAAACUAAAGAUAUGAAAAAGCCCGAUUCAAUUGCGAACGAUAAAAAUUCAAUCAAUAUAGAAGAAGCAGCAAUUGAGCAACCGGUAGAAAAAAAAGUUUACGGCGAAGAAAUAGAUUUAACAGAAGACAAUGAAAAUAGCUUCAAAGCAGAUGAAAAUCAAUCUAAAGAAAAAUCAAAUAAAGUAUUUCAUAACGAAAGUGGAGAAGUAAAAAUAAAAGUUGAACAUAAUGAAAGUGAUGUUGAAAUGAUUGAGAUUGAUGAAGGAGUUGUUGGUAUUGAUAUUAAAAAAGAACAAGAAGACGAGGGUAAAAAUAUUGGAAAUGAUGAUAAAGAUAUAGAAAUGAUUAAGGAAAAUGUUGGCGAGCAUAAAAAAGAAAAUAUUAAAAUAAACGAUACAAUCAUGACUAAUAAUGUAGUCAUAAAUGUAACUAAUACAGAUGCAGUUAUAAUCAAUGGUAAUAAAAACAUAGAUCCAAAUACUGAGCCGCAAGCACUUAAUAAAAGUUUAAAUGAAUUAAAUGUAAACAAAUCAUACAAUGAUGAUGUUGAAAUUAUUUCCCAUGAUUUGGUGAUUAAAGAUGUAUUAGUGAAUGAAAUUGUGAGUGACAGUAAAGUAUCAAAUACAGAUCUUAAUAAAAACAAUAGCAUUUUGGAGGCAAGUAACAUUCAAGUGCCGAAUUCAGAUCUUAAAAAUGACAAUAAUAUUUUGGAAUCAAGUAGUAUUGAUAUGCCAAACACAGAUCUUCAGAAGAACAACAGCAUUUUGGAAACAAGUAAUAUUGAAAUGCCAAACACUGAUCAGAAGAACAAUAGUAUUUUGGAAGCAAGUAAUAUUGAAGUACCAAACACAGAUCUUCAAAAGAACAAUAGCAUUUUGGAAGCAAGUAAUAUUGAAGUAACAAACACAGAUCCGCAAAAGAACAAUAGCAUUUUGGAAGCAAGUAAUAUUGAAGUACCAAACACAGAUCUUCAAAAGAACAAUAACAUUUUGGAAGCAAGUAACAUUGAAGUAGAUCUUGAACAAAACGAAAAUCAAGCACAGACAUCGAAUGAAGUACAUAAAAUAAAAUCUUCUGCUGGGGAUAUAAUAGAAACACCCAUUACACCAAAAAAGAAAAUUCACAUUACCACAUUUAAUUUGCCAACUGGAACUGUUUGUGUCGAACCCAUGACACCGUGUCGUAAAGCAAUAGUAAAUGGUUUUAGAGAAAGUCCAUUUACACCAAAAUGUGUCGGCUUUAAGGUAGAAAGUAACUGCCAGGAUUUGUCUCCUACAUCAUCUCGUAAAAGCCGCAAACGCAAACGUUAUAUCGAGGAACCGAAACAUUCGUUACCGAAACCAAAAUGGACUCAAUCAGGCCAAUUUAUAGAGGAAGAUUUGUCAACAGGUGAAAUUGUGAAUUUAAAAAAAGGCAAGAAAGUUGAUAGCCUACAGUUAAGUAAGGAGAGCGCUCUUAAUUUUAAAAAUAGAGCUCUAUUUCGCAAGAACAUACAAAGGGAAAGUUCUCAAACGUUGCUUAGACGCAAAGAACGUGGUUUCCAGAACAAAUUUUAA